ACACUUGUUGCAUGAGCUUUAUCCCUUUUGACUUGGUGUUCCAUAUAUAUAUAGGCACUCCAACAAAUCCAUCUUCCACUGUGUUCACCUUGUGCCACAUGAUAUCAUAUCCCUUCUCGACCAAAAAAAAAAAAGGGUUCAGGAUUUUUGUCAGAGAGAACACAGUAGCAUUCCAAACUUGUGCGUGCGUAUCUCUCUGUGUUCCUUAAGAACAGCACAUGCAGUGAGUCUACGAGCUAGCCGGCCUCCCGUACGGAAAACUCAAAGCCUAGUUCACAGGUACUGUUUCGCCUCUUUUGUGUUGAGGUGAGAUUUGUAAGAAGGCUGCUGAUUCAUCAUGUCUCCAAAGGCAUUAGACUACGAGUCACUGAAUGAAAAUGUGAAGAAGGUCCAAUAUGCUGUAAGAGGCGAACUGUAUCUUCGAGCUUCUGAGCUUCAGAAAGAAGGGAAAAAGAUUAUUUUCACAAAUGUUGGUAAUCCUCAUGCACUAGGACAGAAGCCACUGACAUUUCCUCGCCAGGUGGUUGCUCUGUGCCAAGCUCCAUUUCUACUAGAUGACCCAAAUGUUGGUCUGCUUUUUCCUGCUGAUGCAAUUGCAAAAGCAAAACAUUAUCUUUCAUUAACUUCGGGUGGUCUUGGUGCCUACAGUGACUCCCGAGGUAUUCCAGGAAUAAGGAAGGAAGUGGCAGAGUUCAUUGAAAGGCGUGAUGGUUAUCCAAGUGACCCAGAGCUCAUAUUUCUCACGGAUGGUGCUAGCAAAGGUGUGAUGCAGAUCUUGAAUACCAUCAUCCGCGGUGAAAGGGAUGGGGUUUUGGUUCCAGUACCCCAGUACCCUCUUUACUCGGCUGCAAUAUCUCUAUUCGGUGGUUCUCUUGUUCCAUAUUACCUAGAGGAGACAGCUAAUUGGGGCCUCGACAUUAAUGACCUUCGCCAGUCAGUUGCUGCGGCUCACUCUAAAGGAAUAACUGUAAGGGCAAUGGUGAUUAUAAACCCUGGAAACCCCACAGGUCAGUGUCUUAGUGAAGCUAAUUUGAGAGAAAUACUUAAGUUCUGCUACCAAGAAGACUUAGUCUUGCUUGGAGAUGAGGUUUAUCAGCAGAACAUAUACCAGGAUGAACGCCCCUUUAUUAGUGCUAGAAAGGUUUUAAUGGAAAUGGGACCACCCAUAAGGAAGGAACUCCAGCUUGUCUCUUUCCACACUGUGUCCAAAGGAUAUUGGGGUGAAUGUGGGCAGCGGGGUGGAUACUUUGAGAUGACUAACAUUCCUCCAAAGACAGUUGAUGAGAUCUAUAAAGUUGCUUCCGUUUCACUCAGCCCAAAUGUGCCUGCACAGAUAUUUAUGGGGCUGAUGGUGAACCCACCCAAACCUGGAGAUAUCUCAUAUGAGCAAUUUGUUCGGGAAAGCAAAGGAAUUAUUGAAUCACUAAGGAGAAGAGCAAGGAUAAUGACUGAUGGAUUUAAUAGCUGCAGAAAUGUGGUUUGUAAUUUUACAGAAGGUGCCAUGUAUUCGUUCCCUCAAAUACGCUUGCCACAAAGAGCAAUAGAAGCUGCCAAAAGGGCCGGAAAGGUUCCUGAUGUUUUCUAUUGUCUCAAACUCUUGGAAGCCACUGGCAUUUCAACUGUCCCUGGCUCAGGAUUUGGACAGAGAGAAGGGGUCUUCCACUUGAGGACAACCAUCUUACCUGCUGAGGAGGAAAUGCCUGCAAUCAUGGACAGUUACAAGAAAUUCAAUGAUGAGUUUAUGGAGCAAUAUGAAGACCAUAGAGGUUAUUCGAGGAUGUAAAGGAUGAAGAAGUUUCAUCAAAUCUCCAAGUUGUAUCAUAUUUUUUAUGCUGUCACAAGCCAUUUCAUCUAUGUUUUUCUCAAGCCUUAUCCUCUUCCUAGCUUUCCAGGAUAUACACUAGUCCGACAUGUUGAAGAUAAUUCUUGCUCUUCCCAGCUUCCUAUAUCAUCUCAAAUAUGUCAAAAUCUCUAUCAACUCUCGUGGCCAUUAGGCCCUUUAUAAUUAGUGUAUACUUUUGUAUUAUCUUUUUCAUACA